AUGUUUAUAUAUUCCAAACUUAAAGACAAACCAAAGCAACUUAAAUAUUUAUGUGGUCUAUCUAUCCAGCAAAUUGAACUCUUAUAUAAUUGCGUAGAUCCACACUGUCACUUAAUUGAAUAUUGUAAAGGUACAGGAAUCAGAUUCCUUGAUAACAAAACUGAGUUGUUUUCAGUUUUAACAUUGUGCAGACAUGCACUUCAUCUUGGUGUUAUUGGAUUUAUGGUGGGUGUUGCUGAAACCACCAUGUAUCGUAUUUUCACUGGGUGGGUUGUAUUUAUAGACGCAAUAAUUUCAGAGGUAAAUUUAAAGGUUGAAAGCACUUAUAUAUCCUUGAUGAUGCCUUCUGUUUUUAAAAAAACUGGGCAUGGUGAAACCGAUAUUGUCGUGGAUGCUACUGAAUUUAAAUUUCAACAACCAAGGAAAGCUUUAAUUGGAAUCUCUCCACAUGGAUCAGGUUUGCUUUUUGGAGACAUAUAUCCUGGUUCCAUCACAGAUAAUGAAUUAAUAGAACAAUCUCAUAUUUUAGAACUAGUUGAGAAAGAACACGAAAUUAUGGCAGAUAGAGGGUUUUCAAUUCAAGAUUUAUGUGCUUCAAAAGGAAUAUAUCUAAACCGUCCAUCUCAGAAAUCAAGCCAUCAGUUCCCACAAGCUGACAUAGCUGGUAAUUUUGAUAUAGCUUCUACCCGUUUCAUGUAG